AUGUGGGAUUUCAGCUUUAAGAGGCGAGUUUUACAUGUUGAUGGAAAGAAGCUCAAGGUCGUGGAACAGUUCAGCGAGGUUCUGGACCAUAGAGUAGGCCAACGGAAUGUCCUCGUAAAGGCCAGAAACAUCGACAACAAUAUCAUGUCUUUGCUGAAGAUACGUUAUCAGCUGGACCCAGAGAUAUUCGGCUUUUUCGGCGAUGAAAACAAGGAGAUCAUGGAGAUAGCUGAAGAAGACUUUCUCUUCGAGGUCCAGGCUGCUAUGGUCCUGAGUGAAGCCGGCCUCGGGCCACAGUACAUCAACUACGAAAGACGAACUCAGCCAGAGUGGAUGCCCUUUCCUAAAGGGUGUGUCCACGUCCUUGUGAUGAAAGUUCCCCCAGGAGAGAACCUUGACGAGAUCCGUGAUGACCUCACGGAUCGCCAGUUGGACAGCAUAAGGACCCAGCUCGCGCACAUUCUAGAAAUAAUGCGCCAGAAUUAUAACAAGAUGAUCCAGCAACACCCGAGCUAUCUGAACUACGACGUGCACACGAACAAGCUCUAUCUAGUCGACCUGGCGGGCCUUGGCUUCACUGACCCAGACGACAAUACAUCGUUCCCGAUCGACGAGGAGAGUCCCUACGUCGAAGCAUUCAACCUUUGGCGGGAGCCGUAUCAUAAGGUCGAUGAAGGCUCGGAGGAGGCAGGAGAAACACCAUCACCCGAUAAGCGUGUCGUGGAAAAAAGCCACGAUCCGACCAGGCCGGUCAAGAAGCAAAAACGCCCUCCAUGGAGACAUUGA